GAUAGUGAGGGCAAAAAGUUGCGGACGGGGGAGUUGUUACACGUUUAUCAAUCAAACAAAGUAGUUAGCAACGUAUCUGUACGUGCAUGUCUCGCUUCUUAUGCUUUUCCAAUUCACGAAAAGUCAGCAAUGAAGAUCGAGGAGGUAAAAAGCACCGCCAAGACGCAGAGGAUUUCCGCACACACGCAUAUCAAGGGUCUGGGCCUUGACGAGAAUGGUAUCGCUAUUCAAAACGCAGCCGGUCUCGUGGGUCAGGAACUGGCGCGUGAGGCAGCUGGAGUUGUUGUCGAUAUGAUAAAGUCAAAGAAGAUGGCAGGACGUGCUGUGUUAUUAGCAGGCCCACCAGGUACAGGCAAGACCGCGAUAGCUCUUGCCAUUGCUCAGGAACUCGGCAACAAGGUACCUUUUUGCCCAAUGGUGGGCUCAGAAGUUUACAGUUCUGAGAUAAAGAAGACCGAGGUUCUCAUGGAAAACUUCAGAAGGGCCAUUGGCUUGAGAAUUAAGGAGACGAAAGAAGUAUAUGAGGGUGAAGUAACAGAGUUGACACCUGUGGAAACAGAGAAUCCCAUGGGUGGUUAUGGCAAAACUGUCUCACAUGUAGUCAUUGGAUUGAAAACAGCUAAAGGUACAAAACAGUUAAAGCUAGACCCUUCCAUAUAUGAGUCCUUGCAAAAAGAGAAGGUAGAGACUGGUGAUGUAAUUUACAUUGAGGCAAAUAGCGGUGCUGUAAAGAGACAAGGUCGAAGUGACAAUUUUGCCACGGAAUUCGACCUGGAGGCAGAGGAAUAUGUUCCAUUGCCAAAAGGUGAUGUACAUAAGAAGAAGGAAGUUAUUCAGGAUGUAACACUGCAUGACUUGGAUGUAGCUAAUGCCAAACCACAGGGAGGUCAGGAUAUCAUGUCUAUGAUGGGGCAAUUGAUGAAGCCUAAAAAAACGGAAAUUACAGACAAGCUUCGGAAAGAGAUAAACAAGGUAGUAAACAAGUACAUCGACCAAGGUAUCGCCGAGCUAGUGCCGGGAGUAUUAUUCAUAGACGAGGUUCACAUGCUUGACAUAGAGACGUUCACAUAUCUUCACCGCGCUCUGGAGAGCGCUAUAGCGCCGAUCGUUAUUUUCGCUACAAAUCGUGGUCGCUGUGUGAUUCGGGGCACUGAGGACAUCGUCUCUCCGCAUGGCAUACCUCUCGACUUGUUGGAUCGUUUACUCAUCAUCAGAACUCUUCCCUAUUCUAGGCAGGAGAUCGAACAGAUCGUGAAGCUGCGAGCCGUCACGGAGGGUUUGCAAGUCGAAGACGAGGGUCUCUCAGUUCUCGCCGAACUCGGCACGAAAACUACUUUACGAUACGCGAUACAGCUUUUAACACCUGCGUACUUGACGGCAAAGAUCAACGAGAGACCCAGUGUCAAGAAGGAAGAUAUCGACGAAGUCAGUGCGCUUUUCUUAGACGCUAAGUCAUCCGCCAAAAUACUUACGCAAAAUCAAGAUAAGUUUAUGAAAUAAAAAUUAAGUCUUAAUAGAAUAAAUAUUAAGUUUUACAGUACACUAUUCUCUUCAAGUUGCUUCCCUUCAUUUUCCAAAACUACGUUAACUAAGUUUAAUUACGUUAACUACGUUAAACAAUUUGAUCAAUUUGUGAUUGAUUUUUUAUUAGGUUUUCUCUUCGAACUUUCAUUCGUCCAGUUAUAUUUUUAUUAAAGUAAUAAUUGCUUGAAUUGUACAUACAGCGUGGUAGUGUCAGCAUAGAACUAUUGUUAAUAAAUUGCAUUAUGAUCAAUAAGAAUUUCAUGUACUGAAAAUACUAAAAAUUUUUCAUACAAAUUAAUCUUACAUAUAAAUGUAUCGUUUAUAUUAAUAAUAUAAAUUGUAUACAAAUAAAAAAAUUUCUGGCAAAGAA